AUGGUUCGUCUUUGUCUUCUCCCUUGCACCUGCAUGGAGGCUAAAGAGUGCAAUGGUGUCAAGGCCUCAAUUGAUACCAGCAAACCUAAUCCCAAUGAGGUGGAGUUUGAUAAUCUGUAUUUGGAUAUGAAUGGUAUAAUCCACCCUUGUACACAUCCAGAAGACAAGCCAGCACCCAAAAAUGAAGAUGAAAUGAUGGUUGCGAUUUUUGAGUAUAUUGACAGGAUCUUCAACAUUGUAAGACCAAGGCGACUUCUCUACAUGGCUAUUGAUGGAGUAGCUCCACGUGCAAAAAUGAAUCAGCAACGAUCAAGAAGAUUCCGAGCGUCAAAGGAGGGAAUGGAAGCUGCGGAAGAGAAGCAAAAAAUAAGACAAGAAAUUCUGGCAAAAGGUGGCAUUCUUCCUCCAGAAGAAGUGAAAGAGAGAUUUGACAGCAACUGCAUUACUCCAGGAACUGAGUUUAUGGAUAAUCUUGCUAAAUGUCUCCGCUAUUACAUUGCUGACCGUUUAAACAGUGAUCCAGGUUGGAAAAAUUUGACAGUUAUUUUGUCUGAUGCUAGUGCUCCUGGCGAAGGUGAACAUAAAAUCAUGGAUUAUAUUAGAAGACAAAGAGCUCAACCAAACCAUGACCCAAACACUCAUCAUUGUCUGUGUGGGGCUGAUGCUGAUCUAAUUAUGCUUGGAUUAGCUACACAUGAGCCAAAUUUCACUAUAAUUAGGGAAGAGUUUAAACCAAAUAAACCCAAGCCAUGUAGUCUUUGUAACCAGAUGGGUCAUGAAGUUAAAGAUUGCCAAGGCUUACCCAGAGAAAAACAAGGCAAGCACGAUCAGUUUGCAGACAGUCUUCCUACCUCUGAACAAGAAUUUAUCUUCAUUCGAUUGUGUGUUUUGCGAGAGUAUUUGGAAAGAGAACUCACUAUGGCCAGUUUGCCUUUCACUUUUGAUUUUGAGAGAAGCAUCGAUGACUGGGUCUUUAUGUGCUUCUUUGUGGGAAAUGACUUUCUUCCUCAUCUGCCAUCUUUGGAGAUCAGGGAAGGAGCAAUUGAUCGCUUGGUUAACAUAUAUAAAAAUGUGGUGCACAAAACGGGGGGGUACCUCACAGAAAGUGGUUUUGUCAACCUACAGCGAGUCCAGAUGAUCAUGUUAGCUGUCGGAGAAGUCGAAGAUAGUAUUUUCAAAAAGAGAAAAGAUGACGAUGACAACUUCAAAAGACGGCAAAAAGAAAAAAGAAAAAGAAUGAAGCGAGAUCAUCCUUCUUUUAUUCCUGGAGGACAGUUUUCCCCUCAAGCUCUAGGAAAUCGAUCUAGUCCUCAGGCAAUCAGCAACCCUAGGCAGACUGCUUUUGAAAUGAGAAUGCAUGACCGGCAGAAUUCUACAACUUCAUCUCCAAAUACCAGUCUCACUUCUGAUGGCACCCCAUCCCCAGCAGGAGGAAUUAAGCGAAAAGCUGAAGAUAGUGACAGUGAACCUGAGCCAGAGGAUAAUAUCAGGUUAUGGGAAGCUGGUUGGAAACAACGCUAUUAUAAAAAUAAAUUUGAUGUUGAUGCAUCUGAUGAGAAAUUCCGACGUAAAGUUGUACAGUCCUAUGUUGAAGGGCUUUGCUGGGUUCUCAGAUACUAUUAUCAGGGCUGUGCAUCCUGGAACUGGUAUUACCCUUUUCACUAUGCUCCGUUUGCUUCUGACUUUGAUGGCAUUGCAGAUAUGCCCUCAGAUUUUGAGAAGGGCUCAAAACCGUUCAAGCCUCUUGAACAACUUAUGGGAGUAUUUCCAGCUGCAAGUGGAAAUUUUCUGCCCCCAACUUGGAGGAAGCUCAUGACAGAUCCGGAAUCAAGCAUAAUUGACUUCUACCCUGAAGACUUUGCUAUUGAUUUAAACGGGAAGAAAUACGCUUGGCAAGGUGUUGCUUUGUUGCCGUUUGUUGAUGAGCGACGUCUUAGAGCCGCCCUGGAAGAAGUCUAUCCUGACCUCACUCCUGAAGAAAAUAGAAGAAAUAGCCUUGGCGGUGAUGUUCUCUUUGUUGGGAAGCAUCAUCCACUUUGUGAUUUUAUUGUGGAGCAAUACAAGUCCAAAAAUGACGAGCCAGUGGAUAUUCCACCAGAACUGUGCCAUGGAAUCCAGGGAAAACUUACGCUGAAUGAUAAUGCAGUUCUUCCAGAUCAGACAGUGGAGUCUCCCGUGCCGAUGUUACGUGAUCUUACACAAAAUUCUGCAAUCAGUAUCUCUUUCAAAGAUCCACAAUUUGAUGAAGACUUUGUUUUCAAGGCUACAGUGUUACCUGGUGCAAAGAAACCUCCUCCAGUCCUUAAGCCAGGAGACUGGGAAAAAACCAACAAUGAUGGUAGGCCUUGGAGACCACAGCUUGGUUUUAAUCGAGACAGAAAGCCAGUUCAUUUGGACCAGUCAGCAUUUAGAACUUUAGGGCAUUGGAUGCCAGCCAUGUAUGCCAAUGCAGUACCACUUGGAGCUUAUGGGAACCCAUACAGCAGGCCGCUUCUAAGUGGGCAGCAGCAGAUUCCUAAAUUGUUGUCAAAUCUUAGGCCCCAAGACUCUUGGCGAGGUCCGACACCUUUGUUUCAGCAGUCACCGCAAAGAAGCGCUGGGGCUGCUCCCCUUCUCGCUUGGAACCGCAUGCUACCAGCCCAAAGUCAGUACCAGCCAAGUCAGUACCAAGGACUAGGCGGACCAAUGAGUUACCCACAGAGACCUGAAGAUCGUAUGGACAGGGGAAGACAGGCAUAUGGCCCCGGGAGGCCCUACCCGUUACCACCUCCCUCAGGAAGAUACAGCUGAAAUAAGCUCUUGACUUUUUUUUUUUUUUUUUUUU